UUCUUAACAUUUUUCAUAUAAAGUGAGAGUAGCUUUGUCACCAGAGAUAUCCUCAAAUUUCCUUCACUUUCAAUUAAUUGGUAAAACAAUAAGAGAUGAUAAGAAGAGAUACCUAAUGGCUUCUGAUGAGCUCAUUAAUUAGAAACUUGGGUAUGGCUUGAUUUUGGCCCAGCUGCAUGCUGUUUUACCUCACACAUUCCACCGUGCAAAACUAGAGUCUAUGGUGCAUAAUGAGCUUUCAAAACAUUAUCAUGCACUUUAGGCAACUCCUUUCCUCAUUCUUCAUGAUAUUUGUGCAUUCUCCUGCCUUUUUUGCUGGAGCUUGGGUAGAAGAAGAACAUGAUGAUGACAGACAGGCUGCUUAACUCUUGGGAGAGACUUUUGCAAAAUGGGCCACUCCUUCACAGGGCUGGGUGUUCUCUCCCACAAGGCUCAGCCUCCUCCUACCACCAGCAGGGGCAAAGGUGAACUUUUGGCUCCAAAAACAAGCUUCAUCAUGGGAGUUGUAGUACCAGAAUGUAAACUGCCUUUCAGCCUGCAGGGCUGAAGAAGACUGCUUUCUAGAGGCCUGCAACGUGAAGCCAGCCUCUUCGUUGUGUGUUCACUGCAGUCAGCGACUGGCCUACCUCAAAGUGCCAAAAAUAAAGAACAAACUGCAUUCCUUAUUAAGUUGAAAAAGAACAGCUUGCAUCCCUUAAGUCUUGUGGAAGAUUGUUGUUUGGGUUUUAUUACAGAAGAUUUAGCAACCGUGUCAAAAUGGCUGAAAGUGGUGGGCAAGAGAAGGCGCGGUGGAUUACAACAGUAAUUAUGAGUUCAUCUUUUCAGGGUAGUGACAUUUCAAUGUGUCUUCAAAACCAACAACACAGAGUUCGAUUUUCAGAUACAGUGGAACAUGGAUCCAUUAUUUUCUCUCUUUCUGACCAAGAACUGAUUCUGCUUUUUGAUAGAACAAAGAAGUUCAUGACCAUUCAUAGGAAUGGCUUUUUGCUUUUGUCAGCAGCCCUUCAUGGACCAAAAGAAUGGGAUGUAAUGUUCAGAAUUCAGCAGAGGUUCCUAGGCAGUAAUUUACGAAUACUUCCAGUUCACAAUACUGCUGAAGCUAUUAAGCUCAUGCUGAUUAUAGCAAAGACCACUUCAAAACCACACUUGGACAGCAUUCGUUUUAGAAUGGCAAUGGCAAAGACACAGAUUGUAGAACAAAGCCCUGUUUGGAAAAUGCUUCAGAGCCAACUGGACUGUAGUGUCUCAAGCAUCAACUAAACUUUUAUUCAAAACUUUGGCUAUGUUUAUUUGCAAAAUACAAACUCAAUUUUGUACUUUUAACAAAAAUGAAUCAGCAAAGGAAUGAGCACACUGGCUUGAAAAAUAUGUUUUUGUAUUUGAUACAUUCGAUAUGAAAAUCUGCAUGCAAUCUGUUAAAAUUCAAUUUCCUGCAAAACCGAAGAAACGUUUUUACUGUUCACUUAAAAGAUUUUCCAUUCAACAUUUAGAAGAAUGUGAAAGAUGAAUACUGUUUAUAUUAAAGCUCGAUUGGAAGUUGGUAUCCAGCUAUUGUCAAAAUAAAAUUGCUGAAGAAUGUUAAUGAUUGAAAAUCAUUAACGGCCACUGAGCAGCUUUGGCACAGUCUCAAAAUGUACAUGAUUACAACAAUGCCAAAGUUCAUAUUAAAACAGAUGUUCCUCCCAUUGUAGUCCUGCUUUUCUAGGAAUUAUUUUUACUUGUUGAUGUUAUAUUUGCCUGCAUGAAAGGAAAUAAACACUUUUUGUUUGUUUGA